AUGACAUAAGUUAAGAAAUGAGGCAAACAGGCCUAAAACAAGGGUUGGCUGUGUGGGUAGCUGCAACUUAGGGGGAACAUUAACACAAUAAUAUUGACCCGGUUCGGUUCCUGUUAGAAACAACAAGAGCAGUAAACAAGAGAAUUCAACAAUUUUUGAAUUUUGUGUCUUUCUGAUUCAUAUGAAACCAAGAUCAUUGAUAAGGGCUAUUUGAUCUAGGGCUUGUUCGUUUAGAAUGAAAAGCAUGGGUGUCAAACAAGUAAUCAAGAAUUUGGAUGCCUUUCCUCGCGCUGAAGAACACUUGUUGCACAAGACCCAAUCUGGCGCACUUGUAUCCAUUAUUGGUUUGGUGAUAAUGUCCACCUUGUUCUUGCACGAGCUGAAGUAUUAUUUUACAACAUACACAGUUCAUCAGAUGGCUGUUGAUUUGAAACGUGGGGAAAGUCUUCCCAUCCAUAUUAAUAUAACAUUCCCAUCCUUGCCAUGUCAUGUUGUGAGUGUGGAUGCUAUCGAUAUGUCUGGAAAACAUGAGGUGGAUCUUGAUACAAACAUAUGGAAACUUCGCUUAAAUAGGGAUGGUUAUAUAGUUGGCACCGAAUAUAUUUCAGACCUCGUGGAAGAGGGGCAUACAGCUCAUGGUCAUGAUGAAGAAAAAGAUCAUCUGGAGGUGCAAAAAUUGCAUCUGCAUGGUUUUGAUCAAGAAGCUGAAGAUACGGUUAAGAAGGUCAAACAAGCAUUGGCUAAUGGGGAAGGAUGUCGAGUUUACGGGACUUUAGAUGUUCAAAGGGUUGCUGGAAACUUUCACAUAUCAGUUCAUGGAUUGAACAUAUUUGUUGCACAAAUGAUUUUUGAAGGGGCUAAUCAUGUGAAUGUAAGUCAUACCAUUCACGAUUUAUCGUUUGGGCCAAAAUACCCUGGCAUUCAAAACCCGCUUGAUGGGACAUCUCGAAUUCUCCGUGGAGCAAGUGGAACCUUCAAGUAUUAUAUUAAGAUUGUUCCGACUGAAUACAAGUAUAUCUCGAAAGAAGUUCUUCCAACAAAUCAGUUCUCAGUUACAGAGUACUUUUCCCCUAUGAAAGAUUUUGACAGGACGUGGCCAGCUGUGUACUUUUUAUACGACUUGUCACCAAUUACUGUGACCAUCAAAGAAGAACGACGCAGUUUUCUUCACUUCAUAACCAGGCUUUGUGCAGUUCUAGGGGGGACAUUUGCUUUAACAGGAAUGCUAGAUCGUUGGAUGUACAGACUUCUUGAAGUGUUAAUGAAACCGAAUGCUAGAAGUGUAUUGAGAUAAAUGUGAAGAUUUCCAUGGAAUAGCUAUAAGGAACUUCUCCUGUAACAGAGAUUCUGGAAUAUGUAUGAAAUUUAGCAUCAUAGCCAUACCUACCAGCUACCCGUCAAGGUGCAUGACAUUAGAUCAUUUUGAGUAAAUUUUGCCUAUCUUGUUUGGUUUCCUUAAUGUAAUCAGAACAAGUUAAUCACUUAGUCUGUUAGUCAUAAGAUGUAGUUCUCAGCAAUGUAAGCAUUACAAUUUUGGAAACAGGAUAUUGUCUAACUGUGUAAGAUGCCGGUUUAAGGUUGGAUCACUUUCAUUAUAA